UGUGUCUACACAUUCUGCGGCUCUGUCGGAGUCGGCUAGUCCGGGCAGUCACUCACUUUCUCGGGUCGACGCUGUGGAGAAAGCCAGGGAGAGAGAGAGAGAGAGGGGGAGACCUUCCAAGAGGACCGCGUCCUCGCUUUCUUGUAUUUUGGAUGUCCGAAGCGAUGAUAAUUGAGCCAUAAAAUCGACUUGAAAGCCGCUUCUGUAUUUAUGACACCAGCGGAGCAUUCAUGGAGCUCAACAAAAUGGUGACCCUGUGGAUAUUUUGCUUGUGUCUCAUCGGAGGAAGCCGCAGCAACAGGCCCAGUUCGCCCUCGGCGGCGGAUACGACCGAAAAUGGCAUAUCAGAUUUGUGUCGCAUCGACGAGCCGCUGUGCCGAGAUGAGAACCCCAUCCUCAGCUUCGAGGCCAUCCGCAGCAUCCACAAGCAGAUGGACGACGACAAGAACGGCAACGUGGAUGUGGCGGAGACGGACGGGUUCCUGAGGGAGGAUCUCAACUACCACGACCCCAAGGCCAAGCACAACAGCUUCCACGGAGACGACCAGUUCAUCAGCGUGGAGGAUCUGUGGAAUGCCUGGAAGGGCUCGGAAGUCUACAACUGGACGGUGGACGAGGUGGUGGAGUGGCUCAUCAGCUACGUGGAGCUGCCGCAGUACGUGGAGGCCUUCCGCAAGAUGAGCUUUAACGGCAGCGCCAUGCCCAGGCUGGCCGUGAAGAACUCCACUCUGACGCACGCCAUCCUCAAGAUCCUGGACCGCAGCCACGUUCAAAAGCUGCAGCUCAAAUCUCUGGACACCGUGCUGUUCGGAGCGCCCCUCAUGAAGAGGCACAACCACCUGAAGGACUUCAUGCUAGUGGUGUCCAUCGUCAUCGGGAUGGGCGGCUGCUGGUUCGCGUACAUCCAGAACCGCUACUCCAAGGAUCACAUGAAGAAGAUGAUGAAGGACCUGGAGGGCCUGCAGAGGGCCGAGCAAAGUCUGCACGACCUGCAACAAAAGCUGCAGAUCGCCCAGGAAGAGCACCGCUCGGUGGAGGUGGAGAAGGUCAACCUGGAGCAGAAGCUGCGGGACGAGAUCAGCACGGCCAAGCAGGAAGCCCAGCGGCUCAGGGAGCUGCGCGAGGGCACCGAGAACGAACUCAGUCGACAGAAGUACGCCGAAGAGGAGCUGGAGCAGGUGCGCAUGGCUCUGAAGAACGCCGAGAAGGAGCUGGAGUCACGGAGUGGCUGGUCCCCUCCGGAGCCGCUCCAAAAGUGGCUGCAGCUCACCCACGAGGUGGAGGUCCAGUACUACAACAUCAAGAAGCAGAACGCCGAACGGCAGCUCCUGGUGGCCAAAGAGGGGGCGGAGAAGAUCAAGAAAAAGAGGAACACCCUUUUUGGAACUUUCCACGUGGCGCACAGCUCGUCCCUGGAUGACGUGGACCAUAAGAUUUUGGCAGCAAAACAAGCGCUGGGCGAGGUGACGGCCGCCCUGCGCGAGCGUCUCCACCGCUGGCAGCAGAUCGAGCUGCUCACCGGCUUCAUCGUGGUCAACAACCCGGGCCUGCCCUCGCUGGCGUCGGCCCUCAACCUGGACCUCGGCUUCGCGGGCGGACGGGCCACGCCACAGCACUUCUUGGUAUCGGACGACAUGGACGACCUGGACGAGGACAUCAUGCCCGCCGUGCUGCAAUACGGCGCUCGGCUUUUGGAGCGGCGAGCCAGUGACCUGUGGUCCGUCGGCUCCGAUUGUCAGCCCAUGUGGAAAAAUCUCGCUCCCAGCAUGAUGUCACUGCGCCAGCGCCACAUGGACCCCCACCUGGCUUUGAGCUCGCAGAGGUUGGUAGAGGGUUCCCUGCCGGAGGGUCAGCAGGGGGAGGGAGCCUCGCACCCGGGUCCCCCCCGUCCCCGGCCCACCUUCCGCGAGUCCCGCAGUCAUUCUUUUGGCCACCUGGAGAGUCUGUGCCUGCCCCCGCUGGCCUCCGCCGUGUCCCACCCCGCCAUCAUCUGUAGCUCUGGCGCCAAUCCGCAUUGCUCCUCCUCCGUGGCCCUUCAUCCCUCCCACGUUUAUCAGCCUUCCUUCCAGCCCAUGGACCCGAUUCCCGACCUCGCUUUCUCCGACGUCUCCAAAGCGCACUCGCCGCGUCGCGACAGCUUGGGGGACCUGAAUCGCUCGGACUCGGACUCGUCGCUGUCCCUGUCGCAAGCGGGCGACCGCCUUUCGGCGUUUGGCUCCAAAGGCCUCCUGAUGAAGCCCACCUCCCUCCUGCACGGCCUGCCCAACGGCGGCGCCCGGCUCCACGAGGGCGGCGCCGGCGAACACCUGCCCGACAGCCCCGUGCUCAUGAUGAGAGCGUCGACGCAGGUGGAGGGGGCGGCGGCCGAGGCCCACAGCCCCGCCGAGUCCACCCGCUCGCUCAGCUCCACCGAGCCGGAGACGCCCUCGCCCACCUGGGCCAAGGGCGCCACCCGCAUCCCGCAGCUGUCGGCCAAGAAGAGCCCGCUGGAGGAGGACAGCGGCUCCACAGGCGAGGACACGGAUUCCUCGGCCGCGCGCAAGAAACACACCUUCAAGAUCUUCAAGAAGCAGAAGAAAUGAGAACCACUCCUUUUUUUCUUUUUUCUUUUUUUUCGGGGGGUGGGGGGUUGGGUUAACUGCUCACAGUACUCACAAAAACUUUUGGCUGAAGUGAAAUUCCACCGUGAACCCAAAGGGGCUGUAAUCUAUCUAAAAAAAAACAUGCAAUGAGUACUUGAAAUGCCUCCAAAUCCAAAACACACACACGCAAAAGGUGACUGCUACCAUGCAUGACCUAGCUACCGUAUUUGACGGAGCAUUCGGUACACCGGUCGAUUUUGCAUUUUGACAGAUUUGUCUUUUUAAAAACUUCGGUUACAUUGCUGUUAAAUGUGCAUUUGUUUUUCCAUCUUGAAAUUUAAUUCAAAAACUGCAUAUUGCUCACUUUCUGCCAGGUGUAUGUGUGUGUUGGGUCUGACGCAUUGUCAGAGGUAUUUUUCAAUGGCAGUCUCGAAGGGCAACAAACCACGCAUGUCUUUGGUUUGAAUCCUGGCAAUUUGAUAAAAUCUUAUCACAGACUCCUUGAAUGACUCAAAAGGGCUCGUUUUGGUCCAGUGGGAGUUUUACUCCUUUUGGGGGGGGGGGGGGGGGGGGGGGCUUGUACCAGACUAUACGGCGGUGUUGGGUCUGUUUGUGUUUAUUUAAACGCGUUAUUUAUUGGAAUACACAUCUUAUGACAUCAGGAGAGAAGAAAUGUUACCAAAAAAA